UCGAACAAUAUGAAUAGAGAAUUUGUGCCGCUUUACUUUUUCGGUAGUUUAAUAGGAAUUGUGUCUACCUACGAAAAUAUUGCAUUUGGAAAGCCUGCCUGGCAGCAGCAUCCGUAUUCGAACUCUUUUUGGGGAGCAGAUAAAGCUGUGGAUGGACGGUAUACAGACCGGUCUGCUGGUGGAGGACAAUGCACGUUAUCGGCAAACGGAAAACAAACUGCCACCUGGCGGGUGGACUUAGGAGACGUAGUCAGCAUACAUCAUAUCAAUUUCUUCUACAGGACUGCCAAUUCCAUUUGGGACUCGACCAAUGGUUUUAAAGCACACGUUCUUGGAUUCUCAGUCUACAUAUCGAACACAACCAACAAAGAUGACGGGAUUCAAUGUUUUAAAGACACAAAUUACACACGAGAUUCAGUGCCAGAAAAUGUUACAAUAGAAUGUGUAAAGCAUGGGAAAUACGUCAUUUACUACAAUGAAAGGGGAUCGAACGAUCCCCCUGGAUAUUCCUCUACCGCUUCUAACGACCUUUGUGAACUUCAAGUUUACGGAUGUCCAACUUCAGGAUUUUAUGGAGAAAAUUGUUCUUUACCGUGUCCAGGGAAUUGUCAGGAAGGACAUUGUGACAUUGUUCAUGGGACCUGUCUUGGAUGUGUUGCUGGAUACAAGGGACCACGGUGUGAAGAAGAGUGUGAUAAUAAUAGAUACGGCCUUGAGUGUAAUUUGACAUGUGGUAACUGUAGCAACGAAGAACAAUGCAAUCACGUGAACGGAAUUUGUCCCAACGGAUGUGUCGUCGGUUUCCAAGGAGAGAAAUGUGUACAAGAAUGUCCUGUCGGGCGAUAUGGCUACAACUGCAAUGAAACAUGUAACAUCAACUGUGGAGUCCCUGGUAGAUGUAACAGAACAACAGGGGAAUGUCAGGGCGGAUGUCAGGCGGGAUGGGAAGGAACAAGAUGUGACAAAAAGUGUGAUAAUAAUAGAUACGGACCUGAGUGCAAUAUCACUUGCGGUAACUGUAGCAACGUAGAACAAUGCAAUCACGUGAACGGAAGUUGUCCGAACGGAUGUGACUUUGGUGUUCAAGGCAUUAAGUGUGAUCAAGAAUGUCCUUCGGAUAGGCACGGAAAGAAUUGUACUGAGUUCUGUGGUAUUAACUGCAACGGCUGUAACAGAUUUACUGGUAUUUGUGAGUUCGGAUGUAUACCUGGUUGGAAGGGAAUCUUCUGUAAAGAUGCAUGUGAUGGCCGGACAUACGGAGAAGACUGUGGUCUGUCAUGUGGAACGUGUUUAAAUUUAGAACAAUGUCACCACAUUAAUGGGACAUGUUUCAAAGGAUGUGACAGAGGAUUCCAAGGAGAUAUAUGUACUGAAGAAUGUCCUGUCGAACGCUAUAGUUACAACUGCAAUGAAACAUGUAAGAUCAACUGUGGAAUCCCCGGUAGAUGUAACAGAACAACUGGGAAGUGUCAGGGCGGAUGUCAGGCUGGCUGGGAAGGGACCAAGUGUGAUCAAACUUGUCCUUUUGGUAGACACGGGAAGAAUUGUCUUGAAUCCUGUAAACAGAAUUGUAGAGGCUGUAACAGAUUUACUGGUGUCUGCGAAUUUGGGUGUAACCCUGGAUGGAAGGGGACCUUUUGCGAAAGUGAAUGUGAUGGGUGGCGUUACGGUAAAGAUUGCAAUAUCUCUUGUGGUUCGUGUCUUAAUUUUGAACAAUGUCACCACAUCAAUGGAACAUGUUUAAAUGGAUGUGACAGAGGAUUUCAGGGAGAGAGAUGUUCUAAAGAAUGUCCUGAGGGGCAAUAUGGGUACAACUGCAGAGAGGGAUGUAACAUUAAUUGUGGGGUUCCUAAUAGAUGUAACAGAGUAACAGGGGAAUGCCAAGGUGGAUGUCAACCAGGGUGGAAAGAAUCGAAAUGUGACAAACAAUGUGACGGUGGUAAAUACGGACAAAAUUGUGCUCAGUCAUGCGGGGUUUGUCUUGAUAAAGAACAAUGUCAUCACAUAAAUGGUUCAUGCUUGAAUGGCUGCGAUAAAGGUUACAGAGGAAUCAAUUGUACGCAAGCGUGUCCUGACGGGCUUUAUGGAUACAACUGCCAGGAGACGUGCAAUAUCAACUGUAGAGUUCCAACGACAUGUGACGCCAUUUCGGGGCAAUGUAGCGUGAUGGGACAACAAUUAGGUUUGAGUAUCAACAGCAAUUACUAUCCAUCUCUUUACGGAGUUAUAUCAGCUCUCUGCUUAAGCAUCGCUUUAAAUUUUUUCUUUGGAAUUUUCUUUUUUAGAAAUAGAACGUGUAUUAAAUCAAAUGUAGAGAGAAAAACCACAAAAGAGUUGUCAACAGAGCACACCGCACCUAACAUAGAAAUCUAUGAUAAAGUGGAAGACAACGCUGGGUACCAGGAACUUGGUCAAAUAAGUCAACCUUCUCAUUAUGAUAAAUUACAAUAGAAUUAUUGUGCAAAAACUCUUUUUACAUGUAGUGUUUAACCCUUUUACCAAAUGAUUUUUUUCAAACUCUUAUGUAAAUUAAUGAUAUGUUUCAUGUAUUUACAGGAUUGUUUUCAACCCUUUUUAUUUUUGCACCCUUACAGUUCUAAACAGUUUUUUCCCGUCUUCUAUUCUCCAAGUCAAAGUUUGUAAAGAUAUUUCUGGUAUAUUCUAUUAUUUGGGUGUGUCUCGUUUUAAUUUCGACCACAUGUGUGAGGAGCGAAAAUGGCAAAAAUGAGACAAGGACGAAAAUUAGACUCUAUACGGUUAUGCAUUACGCUUGAAACAUAUGGAUAUAAUGAGCAGUAUUCAAGGACAAAAUCCAUCAAAAAUUCACAAUUUCACAAACCCAUAUAUUUCCGUCUCUUUAUAAAAUAUUUAAAAUCCAUUCUCAGUUAUUCAUCAGCCACCAGAUGUAGAAUUAUCACCUACAGAACAUUUGUCUGUACAUUCUAUUUCUAAAAUAACAAUUGAAAGAAUUACAAUGAGUCAAAAUCACGUGUUUCUCUUUAGAUAUAUUUAUUAUAAUAAUAUUAGGCAUACAGAGGAAAUCAUAAGACUUAGUAAAUUGCGAAGAUAUGCUAAUUGAACUUCACUGUAAAGCACAGAAAGACUGCACAAUAUAAGUGCGGGAGAAACAAGAUUGUAUCGAUCCUUUCGUCGUGUUCGUUUAUGUCAAGGUCACGGCAUUUUUAAUUUUAGCUCAAACUUGUAAAAAAUAAAAUGGAACAAUUAAAGGUGAAAACAACAACUUUUUGAAACGAUGGCAUCAAAAGUUUUGGUCUACUAACAUUCCUUCAUAGGUACUUUAGACUAAGUUAUCUAUAGAAACGCAUUAAACUUAUACGUGCGCGCGUACAAUAGGGAGGAGGAAGUGAAUGGAGUGGUUUCGUUAUCAGGGUAGGGCAUACGGAAAUUAUUUCAACUUUUAUUUUUCUAAAUGAAUAUAAAAUAAUGUUCUGAAGCCUGUACAUUUCUGCCUUAUACGUUUAGGAAAUGAACUCGGUUCAUGCAAAAAUUCUACUUUUUUUCAUUUUUUUCUUUUGAAUGUCACAAUAGCUCUUUAAAGAAAAAAAUAAAUGUAUUUUAUUCUUGAUGAGGGCGUCUUUGAAAGUAGAAAAAAAAACAAUGUUAUAUCUUUACUUUACAUUGAGUACUUAU